AUGGCCACCGUCGCGAAUAACUGGUCCUGGAGAGAAUUCGAACACACAGCCGCCCUUCCAGCAGCUAAGAUGAUGUGGUACCGGAACCAUUACCUGCCAAAUCAGUCGGACUGGGCGGAUCCCGAGGCGAGCCCGUUGCUCUAUGAGGAUGACUGGAGUAAGCUGCCGCCUGCGACACUGCUUGUAGGGGAGCUGGAUGUUCUUCGUGCCGAGGGGGAGGAGUAUGCGGCGAAAUUGAGGAAGGCUGGUGUUCCGGUUGAGGUGCAUGUUAUGGAGGGCAUGCCUCAUCCGUUUUUGGCUAUGGAUUCUGUCUUGGAGGCUGGGAAGAGGGCUCUUGGCUUGCUCUGUGACGGUGCCAGGGGUGUUUUUUAUUCGUAGAGCAGUACAUUGAUUGCAAGAUAUAACCAGUUCACAGCCGAGUAGUGGUAUAUCCAAACCACUUCAACCCAUUCCCUCAAAGCAGCGGAU